CUGUGUAAAAAGCAUUUUAGCAUUAAAAUGAAUACGAGUAACAUUGAUUCGUUAAAUAAUCGAGAUUUAGUGAUUUUUCUUCAGAAGAUCGGACAACAUGAAGCUGCUAAAAUUAUUAAAAAACACAAGAUGAACGGAAAGGCCCUACUGUCCUUUAGGAACAAAAAUACUGUGGAUAUGGAAGACGUGGAAAAAACUCACUUAUGGCGCUGCUUAACUCUGAUACAGUUGAACCCAUUGGUUGGCGUUCAAUUGCCCUCAAAGAGUCUCGACGAUUCUAUUUUACGACAUAUGCCAGAAAAAAGUAUUGCUGAAAGUAACAAAGACAAAAAGAUCAAAUCGAUAACCAACAAAUAUGUCGAGGAUGAAAAUGGCUAUAUUCUAAUGGAAGCUAGAUCGCUUCAGGAAAAAGAUAAGCAGUACUUCAAUUUUACUAGCGAGCAUUACAAGUCGCUCGAUACUCCCGAUAGUAUUGUCCAAAAUUCGGAGAUCAAUAUUAUAAGUAGAUCUUCGACCACGUCCUCUGGUUACAUACGUCCAAUUAACAUCCAACGAUAUGAGGAAAUAUCCGUCAAUCGGGCAAUAAAAUGUGCACACCAAGACGAAAUGAACGAGUCUGAAUGUUUAUACGAUUACAUUUUGCAACCCCCGAGUAUCGUCGUAAAUUCGGGGGAAGAAAACUGCAAAAAGCGUAAAAAAUCUUUUGUUCUGUGCGAUUUGCUCUUGAAUAUUUGUUGCUUAUCGUGCACUUUUGGUUGCAAAAAAAGAUAA